AUGGACUUGAGCAAUUUCGACUUCGAUGCCCUCGAUCAUGCAACUCGAGACGAAACUCUCGCCCGUCUGUCCUAUCCAAUUGUUCCGGGCUUUGAAUUGGAUCCAUCCCGUCCAAUCGAAUCUCUCGAUAAUGCUUGGCAUGAGACCGACUGGCAGAGCGACUGGCAGCAGACCAGCUGGCAACAGCAUAGCGCCCAUGCCCAUGCAUACAACGAGCCCCAGGGCGCUCUACCAGCCGAUUUUCAGGGUCAAACCCACUCCCCAACAAUGCUAGUGGAGUUCCAUCCCAAUCUCGACCCUCAAGAGAGCGACAAGACACACUACAAUCUUGUACCUUGGACUGGCCUUGUCAAGACCCAGGGCCUUGCCCUUGCGACUCAGAAUACGACUCUCCUUGAGUCUACUGACACGCAUGAUCUCAAUCACAUCGAAGCACGGGAUAGCAAUUGUACCAAAGCAGAAGACCUUAAACGUAUCGAAGAGGCACGAGCUGCGAAAUGUUGUACUUGGAAGGACUGUCAAUCAGUUUCCCCCUUCCCAAGUGGUGCUGCUCUCAAAGGCCAUCUCGAAGACCAUGCAAGAGAUGUCAUUAAACGCUGGUCACGCGAUACUGAGUGUUCAUGGAGCGGCUGUGUCUCGAAGGCGAAGUUCAAGCUUCUUUCGCCAUUGAGAGGCCAUCUUGAGAAUGCUCACGUCAAACCCCUUCUCUGUAUCUGA